AAAAACGAUUCAUUAGUCUUUUAUUUAUCUUAUAAAAGUAUUCGAACACAUCAUACAAGACAAAAAUCUCAAAACUACUGUAUCUAUUGUCGCUACCACCGUCGUCGAAGGUUUGUUGUGUGUUGUUCUCUUGUGUUGUGGUAUCGUUUUGUGGUGGAAGAUGGGUUCUGGGCAAUGGCAUGUUGAGAAGAGGUCUACUUUAAAGAAUGAUUCGUUUGUCAAAGAAUACAAUCCUGUCUCUGAAACUGGGAGCCUCUCUAUCAUUGUUCUUGGUGCUUCUGGUGAUCUUGCCAAGAAGAAGACUUUUCCUGCACUUUUCAAUCUGUACCACCAGGGAUUUCUUAAUCCAGAUGAAGUUCAUAUCUUUGGAUAUGCAAGGAGUAAGAUUUCUGAUGAGGAACUGAGAGAUAAAAUCCACGGAUAUCUUGUUGAUGAGAAGAAUGCAUCUGAGAAAGCAGAAGCUUUGUCCAAGUUUCUUAAGCUGAUUAAGUAUGUGAGUGGACCUUAUGAUUCUGAGGAAGGGUUUAAGAGAUUAGACAAGGCGAUUUCGGAGCACGAGAUCUCUAAAAAGACUUCUGAAGGAUCUUCCAGGAGAUUGUUUUAUCUUGCACUUCCUCCGUCUGUAUACCCUUCUGUAAGCAAGAUGAUCAAGGCAUGGUGCACUAACAAAUCUGAUCUUGGUGGAUGGACUAGGAUCGUUGUUGAGAAACCAUUUGGAAAGGACUUGGAAUCUGCAGAGCAACUGAGUUCCCAGAUUGGAGCGCUGUUUGAUGAACCACAGAUUUAUCGUAUCGAUCACUAUCUGGGAAAAGAAUUAGUCCAAAACAUGUUAGUUCUUCGGUUUGCCAAUCGCUUGUUUUUGCCACUAUGGAACCGCGAUAAUAUUGCAAACGUACAGAUUGUUUUCAGAGAAGAUUUUGGAACUGAAGGUCGCGGGGGAUAUUUUGAUGAAUAUGGAAUCAUUCGUGAUAUUAUUCAAAACCACUUGCUCCAGGUUCUUUGCCUUGUCGCCAUGGAGAAACCAAUCUCUCUUAAACCCGAGCACAUCCGGGAUGAGAAAGUGAAGGUUCUUCAAUCAGUGAUUCCCAUAAAAGAUGAAGAGGUGGUUCUUGGACAAUAUGAAGGAUAUAGAGAUGAUCCAACUGUUCCAAAUGACUCAAACACUCCAACAUUUGCCACAACAAUUCUUCGCAUAGACAAUGAAAGAUGGGAAGGUGUUCCUUUUAUACUGAAGGCUGGAAAGGCAAUGAGUUCAAAGAAGGCAGAUAUUCGCAUUCAGUUUAAGGAUGUUCCUGGCGACAUAUUUAAAUGUCAAAACCAAGGGAGGAACGAGUUUGUUAUACGCUUGCAACCUUCAGAGGCCAUGUACAUGAAGCUAACUGUGAAGCAACCGGGCCUGGAGAUGCAAACUGUGCAGAGUGAACUAGACCUAUCGUACAAACAACGUUACCAAGGUGUCUCGAUUCCAGAGGCUUACGAGCGUCUAAUUCUUGACACGAUCAGAGGCGACCAACAACACUUUGUUCGCAGAGACGAAUUGAAGGCAGCUUGGGAAAUCUUCACUCCACUGCUUCACAGGAUCGACAAAGGAGAGGUGAAAUCGAUCCCAUACAAACAAGGAAGCCGUGGCCCAGCCGAAGCAGAUCAGCUACUUAAGAAAGCUGGUUAUAUGCAGACCCAUGGCUACAUUUGGAUCCCUCCUACAUUGUAAAUGGUACAAAACAUAGAGAUGAUGAUGAUGAUGAGUACACACAAAAUAAGAGCUUCUUUUUGUUUCCGUGCUUGCUGAAUAAAAAAACUCUUCGCCAGUUUGGAGUUGAAUCUUAUGUAUACUAGUGAUCUUUCACUAGAACAUUGUUUAUGCCUUGUAGUUUUAAUUUUUGUUGUUGUUGUACUAGUCUGUUGUUUUGAUGUUGAUUAUUAAUUCCAUCAUAUAAAAGUGUAAUCUAUUAUCUCAAA